AUGGAAGUUUUCACUGAGCAUGUUGGUGGAGUUAAUAGCAACCACAACAAUGCAAGGCGAUAUUGUGAGGAUUUCAAAAAUCAGAGGCAAAGCGUGUCGCACAUAUUCUCUUCUCAUAGCAGAGAGAUGGAGAUUGCAUAUAGAGCUCGUGUCACUGCUGUUUUACGUGUUGUUAGAUUUCUUCUGUUGCAAGGUCUUGCUUUUCGUGGACAUGAUGAAUCUUCUAGUUCCACAAAUAGGGGUAACUUUCUAGAGAUGCUGAAUUGGUAUGGGACAGAAGUUGAAAGUGUUGGUCGUGUGAUUAAUGAAAAUGCUCCUGGAAAUAAUCAAAUGACUUCUCCACAAAUACAGAAAGAGUUAGUAAGGGCUUGUGCAGAAGAGACCACACGGACUAUUAUUGAUGAGAUUGGAGAUAGUCAUUUCUCUAUACUUCUUGAUGAGUCUCGUGAAAAAUCAAUAAAAGAGCAAAUGACUGUGAUUGUGAGGUUUGUGAACAAGCAAGGCCAAGUAAUUGAAAGAUUUCUUGCUGUUGAACAUGUUGUCGAUACUUCAGUCUCUUCAUUAAAGACAACUUUGGAUGGAUUGUUUUUGGUUGUCGUUUCUGUUGCUAAAGGCAUUUUGGCUAUUAGUGAUUUUUUCAACUAUGUCACUAUGAUUGUGAACAUUGUGGGGGCUUCUUGCAAAAUGAGAGAUGUGUUGCUUCAGAAACACCAUGAUAAGAUUGUGGAGAAAUUGGAGAAAGGUGAAAUCUUUUCAGGAAGGGGGAAACAUCAAGAGACUAAUCUUGCAAGACCUGGUGAUACUCGGUGGGGCUCACAUUAUACAACUUUAAUCCGGUUAUUUACUAUGUGGGAGUCAGUAUUAGAGGUGUUAGAGAAUGUGUGUAAUGAUGGGAAUGUUGCAGAACAAAUAGGCAUAGCAUCGGGUUUGAUACAAAGGAUGGAGAGUUUUGAAUUUAUAUUUAUCUUGCAUCUGAUGAUCAAAGUAUUGGGAUUAACUAAUGACUUUGUCAAAUGCCUUGCAGCAGAAAAGAUCAAAAACAUUGUUAAUGCAAUGGGGUUGAUUGUAACUGUCAAAGAACUUAUGCAAGACUUGAGAGAAAAUGGAUGCGGUAUAUUUUUAGAAGAAGUCAAGAGCUUCGUGGUUGCAAAUGUCGGGCUCAAAGUGCCGAAUAUGGAAGAUAGUAUACCGCUCGAGGUCGCUCGAGACGGGAGGGCAAUUGGGUUUACACCAAUGGAUCUUCCAAACAUGCCUUCUAGCAUGAUGGUAUCUCAUGCAAGGGUGUUUUAUCCAAUGGAACCAAGUAGUGUCUCCAUGGCAUACUACAUUGUAAGCCCACAAUAUGCUGGUUAUGCUGGAGAUCAUGGUCAUUAUCCCUGCCAAGUUCCAGUCUAUCACCAUCAUCAUCCUUCUCCUCCUCCACCACUCCUCCAGUGA